UAUUAUUGAUAACUUGACCAACCACUUAUUAUAUAUGAUAUGGAGAUGGUGAUGGCGGAAUGGACCCGGCUGCGUGUUACAACCGCUCCGAAUCAUCGUUCCUUGGUAUCUUUGGUUUUGGUAAAUUAUUUCCGCUCAAUUCCACGUCAAGGAACGGCUUGCAAGGAGCGCUCGAGUGGACUUAUGGGUGUGAUCAACACAUGCUAUGCUGUUGCCGGCAACCGUUGGGCUAACUUCUUGGCAGUUGAUUACUACAAGAGAAGUAAUGGUGGGGGGGUAUUCCAAGCCACAGAAACGCUGAACGGUAAGCUAAUUUGCGGGCGCGACGAUGUACGUUCUUGCAGGAAAGGAAUUCUGAAGCAUGCAUUCAACGAUCUGCUUCUCAGACUUGGUCUGACGUGGAAGGGACCGGGGCACGGAGGAGCAGAAGUAGCACGAAGCGAUCGAGAUCAAAUAUUGAGCAUCAUGUCGGCCCAAGGCAAGCCCUUUGAACUUCUCUCUCAGUUUUCAUCCCAGUUCCGUUAAGCAUAUCUUUAAUCCUUCAAUUGGACUCUAUUCGCUUCACAUAGUUGUUCUACGAAAUUUUAGAUUAAAAAAGUGUUGUGACAAAUUAUACAAUUACCCUCAUUAAAUAUAUAAAUUCUUGCGGAACGGAGGGAGUAUUUUCUCGCGCUAACUGUCAGUAACAAUGCUUUGAAAAAAAUAAAUGUUAGCACUACAAUUUUUGCGGAACGGAGGGAGUAUUUGUGCUGAAGCUUGACGUGUAACUUGUUCUCACAAACAUUGUCCGUAGAAAAAUCAUCACCGGGAGAGAACGAAGAUCCCGAAUUCAAUCUCAAAGAGGAGAAGAAUCAUUCAGGACUGAACCUCGGAGAUGAUGAGUUCCUUGAUGAACUUUGAGUGGCAGUACAGCUUUCGUCAUUCAAUAGAAAGCAGGCUCGGUGUUGCCGAGCCACCCAUGGCUUGCGAAAUGGAGCACUAAUGUUUCUUCAGCAUGAUGUGCCUCAUAUUUUUAGUAUGCAAUUGUUCGUUUUUUUUUUACUGGAUUGUGUCUUUUAAUAGACUUCCUGUUUGACAUAGGAUCAGUUUUUGUAUUUUA